AUGGGCGUGGAUGGUGUCACUCCAGAGGAGGGAUAUGGCGACGAAGGUAGCUCCCAGCGCUUUGGUAUAGCGAGACGAUCUGAAUCUGACGCACCGGCAAUACCUCCAUGUUUGGACAGCCGACAGCAGCACAUCAGAAAGCUGACUGCUCAGGGAGGAGUGCGAAGAACACCACUGACUCUAAUCUGGCAACCAGAAGGGGCCACUAUGAACCAUUGUCAGGAGCCACCGACCAAUGGCUCUCACCAUGCUGAUGCUGCUGACAAUCAUUCAGCUCAAAACAACCGUGUGCAACAAAGCACGAUAAGCAACCCAAAUGGACAGGUUUGA